AUGUCUUGUGAGGACACUAAAAGAAGUCCCAAUAGAGGAGGAAGCAGUUUCUUCACACCGGCGGACAGAGAGAUGGGUUUGAGACCAAAUUCCGAGGGAACGAGCGUUGAUUCCAGGCAAGGACUUCCAAUUCCAGCAUUACCGGUGAUGAAGCUGUGGAGAUUUGAUGGAACCAAAGCCGAGCCUUUGGUCGCUGUGGGAGAGUGGUCGUCGAACAGAGGGUCGAUGAUGGUGGUACAUACCGGUGAAAUAGUAGAUCUGUCCAAAGGGAAGACCAUAAGAAAGAGAAGCCCACAGAGCUGGGAACCGUAUGUAGCUGAUGAUGUGCACGUUCAGUUUUACAUGAUGAGCCCAUAUAUGCUGAAAACCUUGUCAACUGACAAGAAGGGUAUGUUUCAUACAUCUUCCACGGUUCCUGAUGUGUUCCAAUUUAAGGUUGAAUACGAAAAGCUCGGCUACACAACAUUAUCUCUUUCGAAGCAGAUUCCUGUGAGGCCUUACAGACAUAAUGAGUAUGAGACAUUUAUUCCAACUGCGUAUCCUUAUUAUAGAGCCUGCUUUUCCACUAUGGCUGGUUUCUUUGUCUUCAGCUUCGUCUAUCUCUACCAUAAUUAGAAAAUGCCUUAAAUUAGUUCUCCAGUCUCAUAAAGUAACCCAGCCUCUUCAUAUUUAGACGAGAAAAAUGUAAACAUUUGAAUUUUGAGUCCUCUAUUAUUUCGCGAACAAGCUUUAGUCAAACACUUUUUAACCUUUGUUUUGUUCUUCAGCUAUUUUAUGUUAGCGGUAAUUUUACAACCU